AUGGGCAUGGGUCCCAGUCAGCCAUCAGUGGUCUCACAAUACGCUCUCAACUUCUCAAAUCAUAAGGCUUCCGCUGCGCAAACUUCACAAAAUGCUGCAUUUUUGAGUCCUACCGAGUCAGAGUUCUCGGAGCCCAGCGAUGGACAAGAUUCAAUCCGUUCCUGGGACGAGAAACGUGUUGGAGAGUGGCUGCGUGCCAUCAACUGCGCUCAGUACGAGCAGCUAUUUAAAGUGAACAAUGUCACGGGGAAUAACCUUAUUGAGUGUGAUCAGCUUGUGCUCAAGGAGAUGGGAAUCAAGAAGAUUGGAGAUCGUGUCCGAAUAUUCGUUGCCAUCAAGCAGCUGAGAACAAAAGCUGUCGGCAACCACAAAAAGCGGAAUAGAGACUCCUUGGCUGCCCUAGACAAUCGUCAAGCACAUACGCCCUACACGCCCUCGUCUUCAUCACGCUCUCCACGAGAUUUCAACACAGCAAGAGAUCGCUCUCAUACUUCUGAAUCUGCAAGGAAGCGGUGGUCGCAAAGAGUCGACCUUUCCGCUUUGGAUAAUAUGCACGCUGCUAAUGGCAACCCGAGACCAAGCUCGCCCCUUGCCGAGUCAGACGGCGUCAACAAACUCAGAUCUCAACGUCUUGGCGGUAUGAGCCCUCUGGCGACUGCCCGGAAGGACGGAUACUUCAAUGCUCCACCUUCCGCCAAGACCUCCACUGGUCCACGACCAUCAACACCAAGUCAAACAAGUCAACCGACCCGACAAAAUCCCGGCAUGGACUCCACAGUCGGCAAACUCCCCGUAGGUUCGCCUGUGAUACGUGUUAUCUACGGUGGGGGCCAAACGAAAGUACUGGACAUCAAAAAUUGCAGGACUCUGGAGGAUAUCAUCUUAAGUGUGCUGAGGAAGCUCAACCUGCCUGAGAAUCAGUCCAGGAACUACUGCUUUUGGAAUCUUGAUGGAACUGGUCAAGACUUGAAUAACACCCAUAAGCUCACUGAUGUGGAACUUGUGGAAUAUUGUUCAGAUCCUUAUGAUAAGAAUGAGCGUGGGAGACUAAUUCUGAGAAAAAAGCACGCUGGCGAGCCAGAUGAUGAGGAGCUCAGGAAAGCUGCCAGCAUCGCCAUGGAGGAACAGAAUGAGAUGCAUGCCAAUGCACUUUCAUCCAACAAUCCUCGCAGCCAGCUUAAAGUGCAGAAGCUAACAGGCGAGUCCUGGCGUGACGUGUCCUACCCUCUGUCUCCAGCAACCUUUCAACCACCACGAGCACGAGACCGAAGUGGAAGCUCAACGUCCCAAGGAUGGGGAGACCCUCCGGCCCGAUCGGACUCACGAUCGAAGCCAAAGAUAAAGGAAUUCCUCGGUGGCAGACCACCUAGCGAACUGAUCAGCCAAGAAUUGACAACAUACUUCCCAGAUCAUCAGAAGGAAACGAUUGAGAGGACGGUCCGAAUGUCCAUGCGGAGGUCCGCUCGUUUAAGCAAAGCAGCAAGCCGGAUCAGCGUAGCAAGCAAUGCCAGCUGGACAUCGAGUCUCAAAGAUGCUCCUCCACUUCCCAAUAUUGCAGACGCUUGGCUGACGGGAGCUUCAAACGCUCGUGGACCCCGGCCUUUGUCUGUCUCCCGAUUUGCCAACCCUCAGUAUCGUGACUCGAUCGCCUCCAGCUCUCUUCAGCCGUUGCAAGAGGAAUCUCCUGUUGAGCCCAAUAGAAAGUCAUACGUCUCAUUCGAGAGCGACUCGCAAAUGGGUGGUACCAACGGCACUGAUUCCGACACCUCGCACGCAGCGCUCCAGAGCUAUUUUGAUGAGUCAGGCAGCAGUGGGCCUACAACAGAGGCCGGUGGCUCAAUCAACGAUCAUCUAACCCACGCCAUCGCCGCAGAUGGUGAGGAGCCUGAUGAAGAGCUAAAUCAGUUCCUCAAAGGUGAUUCAUGGGACAACGUCAAAUGGAUGCAGGGUGCCCUCAUUGGCCAAGGUUCUUUCGGCAGUGUCUACCUUGCUCUCCACGCAGUCACUGGGGAACUCAUGGCAGUCAAACAAGUUGAGGUUCCGUCCGCCCACAGCAAUAGCACCCUGGACAAGCGAAAGGAGAGUAUGCUUGCCGCUCUCAAGCAUGAAAUUGAUCUCCUGCGUGAUCUUCAGCACGAGAACAUAGUCCAAUACCUUGGCUCCAAUUCUGACGAUCAGCACUUCAACAUCUUCCUUGAGUAUGUCCCUGGUGGUUCGGUGGCAGCGAUGCUCAAUUCCUAUGGUCAGCUCCAAGAACCUCUCAUUCGCAACUUCGUCCGCCAGAUCCUUGCCGGCCUGUCAUAUCUGCAUGGAAGGGACAUCAUUCACCGAGAUAUCAAGGGCGCCAACGUACUUGUUGACAACAAAGGCAACAUUAAGAUUUCUGACUUUGGUAUCUCCAAGCGUGUCGAAGCCUCUGCCCUACUCCAGCCUCAGAAGAACGGUGGCCACAUGCACCGUCCGUCUCUUCAAGGAUCCGUUUUCUGGAUGGCUCCGGAAGUCGUUAAGCAAACCUCCUAUACCCGCAAAGCGGACAUCUGGUCAUUGGGCUGUCUGAUCGUGGAGAUGUUCACAGGAACGCAUCCUUUCCCAAAUUGUUCACAAUUGCAGGCAAUUUUCCAAAUUGGGAACUCGAGUGCGAAGCCGACCACGCCAGAGAAUGCUAGUGAAGAGGGCCAGGAGUUCUUGAGCAAGACGUUCGAGAUUGAUCAUGAGAAGAGACCGAGCGCUAACGAGUUGUUACUCUCGCCGUUUUUGAAGCAAAUUGCUUGA